AUGACCUUUUCAAAGAUGGAAGCAGCGAUGGAAGAUGCGUUUGUAGAAUGGAUAAAUACGUUUGAUGUAAAAUCUUACUCUAUCGAUACUGUGGUUGAAUUGGCAGACGGUGUAGUGCUCUCUGAGAUUCUCACUGACAUCGAUCCAAAAUGGUUCAAACAAAUCAAACAAACAGAGACAGCCAGUAACUGGGUGGUUCGAUUCAACAAUCAAAAGAAAUUACACAAACUGAUCACUCGAUACUUUGAGGAUAUUGUAGGGCAGGACCCUGAACUUCUUCCUGCAGUGAAUUUAACUGCUAUUGCCAAAGAUGCCGAUUUACAUGAACUGCUACUCAUGUGCCAGCUCGUUAUUGCCAUCGCCGUUCAAUCAGAUAACAAUAAGGUCUACAUUGAAAUGAUACAAAGCCUAUCGCAAAAGAGUCAGCACGCGCUGAUGGUGUCUAUCGAGGAAGUGAUGAACCAUUUCAAUACAGAGCCCGAUUAUGCAUCCAAUAAUCAUCGAUUGUCUUACUUAUCCGGCAACUCUGGUGGCUCAGGAACAAAGAACUUUCAAUUAGAUGAUAUGCCGUACAGAUACCAACUGGAAUUCGAAAAGGUGCUGUUGGAAAAGAAGCAGUUUGAGACAUCACAUAGUCAGUUGUUGGGCGAAUACGAUGAACUGAGGGAGAGAUUCGAGGAUCUGCUAAGCGAAAAGGAAGAUUUAAAGACACGAUUGCAAGACAUGGACGAAGCAAUUACACAAGCCAACAAUACGGGCAAAGCAGAUUAUGUGAUGAGAACUGAAAUUGAGCAUCUCAAGCAAGAUUUGGAGCGUAGUGAGGAUCGACGUCAGGAAACAGAGAUGAUGAUGGAGAAUCACUUGGAAACGAUCAACGAGCUCAAAAAGAAAGUGGAGGAACUCACCGCUCAAGCUGAAGAGGCGUCGUCACUGCGGUAUCAGCUAGAGGAGUACAAACAUGCCAUUGAAAAGAUGCAAAAGAUGGAAAUCUCGCUGGAAAAGUACAAGCGAAAAGCAGAAGAUACAUCCGACUUGAAGAGACAGAUCAAGGCUCUGGAAGAUCAGAACUCUAGUUUGCUAGAGCGAAGUCAUCAAGUGGAAGACGAGUAUCGAAAAGUGCUAGCAUUCAAGACAUUGAUGGAUUCGUACAAGGAGCAAGUGCAACAGCUUGAGUUUGGAAACAGAGAGAUUUUAAGAGAAAAGACGCAGCUGGAAGAGGAAAUGAAGAAUAUGGCAGAUACGUGCGCCUACCUGGAGAGUGAUCGUGAUCGCAAUGCGGAGCAAGUACAGCUAUUAGAAGAGCACAUUAAAGAGCUGGAGUUUGGUGGUGGACAGACCCUGGAUAAAGUCGUGAGUCAUAGAGCAAGUGUUGUCAUUGACGACGAAGGCUUGCAGGGAGAUCAGAGUACCAUGGAAGAGAACAUGAAAAAGGCCAAUGUGACAGAACUACGCUUGACAAUUGGACGACUGCAGCGACAGAUCAAGGAAUUAGAGGUGAAAGCACCCAUUGCAAACAGUCUGGCAGAAGAGACAGAGAAAUCAAAGGUUGGCACAGCAGAACUACAGCAGAAUUAUGAGUCAAUUGUUGUUGAGCGAGACAGAUUACGGGAUGAGCUGGCGCAAAUUCGAAAUGGCAUCCCUGAUUCACUGCUCAACCAGACACAAACCAUCAUGGCAUUCCGCUCCCGCAUUCUGGAUCUUGAGAAGGAAUCCAGCAACUUGAAGGAGAAUACAAUUCAUCUUGAAACCAUUGUGCUGGAUGGCAACCGCAGUGUAGUCAAAGACAAGACGGCUUUACAGAGCUUUGAAAAGGAGCAUGCCAAAAUUCAAGAUAGAGUCAAUCGACUUGAAGAUAUCACAAAGAUGCAACUGCAUGAUAUCAAUCGCAUGUUGGUUGAAGCCAACUACUUGAAUGGCAUCAAUAACAAUGGUAAUGAGGAAAGACCUGGUUUAAGCGAUGGCGACUUGGAGGUGAUCAAAGAGCAGAAUGCAAGCUUGCAAAUUCAUGUUUUGCAUUUGCAAGAGGAGAUCAACGAAACGCAAGGCAAAAUUCGAAAAGUUCGCGAUAUGAUCAAACUCUACAGUCAACUGCUGCAAGAAAUGACGGCAAGAUUUUCCAAUGUUCGCAAAUCGGACGAAGGCUUAAUUGGCAGAACACCUAGAACAAAGGAAGAAGAACAAGACUUAUUGAAGAAACAAAUUCAAGAUGUACGCCAACAAUCAAAGAUUGAGCAACAACUGAUCAUUUCAGCUUGGUACGAUCUUGUGAGAAGAAGCGAUCGAGAUGCAUCCAGCCUUGGUUUCCGUUCUUCGCCUUCAUCUUGGCUAGGCAAACAGAGAAAGGCAUUGGAUGUGAAUUUAAGGCAAAGAUUAUGCUAA